GGUGUUGUGUUGUUUCCAGACACGGCAGUCGCGGGCUCCACAGGUGCAGCUGCCGCGGACCCGAUAUCGGGGUUCCUCCCGACUACCAUUCUCACUGUGGCUGGGGUACUACCACUGCUACCAUUUCUGUACCAUAGACUCCUUAGGAAGAGUGGGACAUGUCCCAACAGCGGGUGAGGAGAAAUGGCUCCCCUACACCGCCGGUGACCCCAUCUAACGGCAGCACCGGCGGAGCACCGGGGAGCCGGCUACAGCCUAUGAGAGCCACGGUGCCCUUCCAGCUGAAGCAGCACGGCAGCCCUACACGGGUCAAUAAUAACAUCAACGGAUCCGCCCACCGCAACUCACCCCGGAGCACCAGCCCCGGCAGGGGGAGCGGAGGUAACGGGGUGGAAUCUCCCCCAGCUAUCCCCAGCUCCCGGAGCAGCCCCACCGUGUCCACACAGACUGGGGCGUCUCCCACCCGGAGCCACCACCACCACCAUCAUCAUCACCACCAUCAUCAUCACCACCACCAUCAUCACCAGCAGCCGGCUCUGGGCUCCCCUACCUCCACCUCUCCGGUUAUCUCCAGUCCAGCGGCGGAUCCCAGCACACCGGGGGCGCCCUCCUCCUCCUCGUCCCCGUCUCCGGUGUCCUUGUCUAACGUCAGCCGGUCGGGCUGGCAGCAGCGGAGCUCUCCUGAGAGUGUAUCCCCGAAAGAUACCCUGGCUGCACCGUAUCUCUCUGGACAGUGGCCUCGAGACCAUGGGCAUGUGGCUCCUUGCAUGAAAGAUCAGUCAACACAGACUGAGAGUGCUUGGGCCGAGGAGUACGCUGAAAAGAAGAAAAGCUCUCACAAGCGAUCUGCGUCCUGGGGCAGCAACGAGCAGCUGAAAGAGAUUGCAAAACUACGUCAGCAACUUCAAAGGAGCAAACACAGCAGCAGACAUCAUCGUGACAAGGACAGGCAAUCUCCGUUCCAUGGGAACCACACUGCUAUUAACCAGACCUCUAUGUCUAAGAAUGUACUUACUCCAAUGACCAUACCAAUGAACAAAUCAUCUGGCUCACGAUUUCGGAACAGUGUGGAAGGGCUGAACCAAGAGAUUGAAAUCAUCAUUAAGGAAACUGGAGAGAAGGAAGAGCAACUCAUGCAUGGAGACUGUUCAGGCCUUCCUGAUGUCAAUGGGAACAUUACAAUGAGUUUUCAGCAUCUGCACCCUGAGCCACAAGAUAUCCCAGAUGGACACCGUGCUCCCCCACCUCUUUCUCUAAGGAGUGUAGAUACACAGACGCCUGGAGGGAAUGACCGUGGAAGCAACAACAGCAGCCGCUCCCAAUCUAUAUCUCCUGCUUCCUUCAUAACCAUUUCCAAUGACUGUAGUGAGGAGAGCCCUUGUACGGUUGAUGACACACAUGCAGAUCCCAGGGACAAAGAGAAUGGAAACCACUCUCCAUUUCCCAAGUAUGCUACAUCUCCAAAACCAAACAAUAGCUACAUGUUCAAGCGAGAACCACCUGAAGGUUGUGAAAGGGUUAAAGUGUUUGAAGAAAGCGUGCCAAAGCCGUUACAUGAAAUCCCUCCUUUCUACUGCCCUGACAAGAACAAAGUGAACUUUAUCCCAAAGAGCGGAUCUGCCUUCUGCCUUGUCAGCAUCCUCAAGCCUCUUCUGCCAAAUCAGGAAAUAGCUUUUAAAGGCUCCAACCACAGCCUGACUGUUCCUUCUGGUAUCCCUGCCUCACUAGUUCAGAAUUUUAGCAUGACCUCCAUAUCGUCAAGCCUAGAACAAGAACGUAAUUCUCGCGGCACUAAUACUUUGGCCUCUCCGAUGUCUCUGCUGCAUCCCACUGGGCAGAUUGAGGAAGAGGAGGACUGAACGCCGGUGUCAAUGUUCUCAUAGAGAUCUGCACUUACCUGAUAUUUAGAGACUGUAGAUGCAGUAUUGUCAUAAGCUGACCAUAUUAUUGUUCUGCUGUAAAUGGACAGCAUGCCUUACCAUUGUUGGUAUCGAUAUCGGUAAUUGAUGAUCCUAGAAAGGGCUUUGUUUUAGCCCAUUACACUUUUUCUUCUGUAUUUAUGGAACUGCUGAUGCAGUUAUAAAUGGGUAGCUACAUGGGAAUACUAUACCUGUAUUCCUAAUAUAUGGCCAAUUUGCUGUUAUAAAUCAAAUAUUGGGCUUUUAUUUAACCAUUGUGGUAAUGCUAAUGUGGGUAAGUGUUCAGGGAUGAGCAGCCUUCAGCCACCCAUUUAUUCCAGAUAACUUUUCCAGCUAUAUUGUCAAAUAUUACAAGGCCGGCUGUACCUCUGGAAGGGGGAUAGGUAUGUUGGAGUCUACUCCUCCCAAGUAGUAGGGGAAAUAAAUCAAAUCAUUGUAGUCAUGGUGAAUACAUCCUGUUGGAGUCAGAGCCGUUUCUUUUUCUGUCAUGCAUGGGUAUAGGUUUUAGGAAAGUGAGGAGAUGUGUUUUCGUGGCUGUGGUAUUUCCUAUUCACUUCAGCUGUGGGGACCAAACAUGGUAUAAGCUCUAGCAGGUUCAAUGCUCCCUGUUAGGAAAGGUAAAGUGUAAAUAAAAGACAAAGCCUUUAACUAGUAUUUGUGAUAUAUGGCAUUGUAUGUGGCUGCUGCAUUAUCAGUGUAGAAACGUAUAUUCAUACACUGAUGUUUUAUUACUGUUGUUUUUAUGUUUUUUUAACCCUAAGAGUUCUCUCAUUGAAAUAUGGUGCUUUAAAGGUUUACAGUUUUUUUUUUUUUUAUGCCAAGAAGACUUUAGUUUAAUUACAGGCACCUCAGGCAAAUCUAUAUUAUCCUAAUAGAAUAAAUAUUUAUCUACUUUGGUAUUCCUUAUUUUUGUGUAGUUCCAGAAGAUCAGAUUUAUCAUAGGUCUUUUUUGAGCUACUUCAGACCAUCGAAUUAGAACAGACUUAAAGAAGUAUGUAGCUGCUGUGCUUGUGGUCAUGCAAAACUAGCACACCAUACACACAAGCAAGUUCCUUGCAUUUCCAAAGGCACUGCUACAUUCUUUUUGAUAAAGGUCAAUUAGUCCAAUAAAAUCUGACCUGCUGCAACUAUACAAAAAUGAAGAACACCAAAGUGGAGAAAUAAGCGUGAAAGUUUGUUCUAUUAUCUGGGUUGAGAACCUACUCUCAGCGCCUUCGAAUAUAUCUGGAGUGCCAUGAUUUUUCAAUCUAGUCUCUAUUAUAUGUUCUGGCAUUUUAUUUUACACAACUGCCUGAGAAUAUUUCAACUGAGCACUAUAUAAAUGAUACAUUAUAGUUGUGGGCCUAUAAAACACAUGGCACAAGUAAGUUAAGCUCUGCCAUUAUCCUGGGAGACAAAUCCGAUUUCUCGUACUAACCUGGUCUCCAUAAGAAAGGCUCUUUCAGUCUGGUAAACAUGUCUGUUUCUCGCUGGUGGUUUUAUCAUUUAGUUCCAGAUGAUUCUAUCCUUGACCUUCCAUGAAAAUUCUCGUGUGCUUGUUGUGGACUUGUUUGGAUAGCGGUAAGGGUACGUUCACGCGUAUCCAAAUUUGAUGCGCAGGAUUUUCUGCUGCAGAUAUCACUGUAAACUAAACGACUGAGCACAACUUCUAAUCUGCAGUUUCAAAUCCUGUGCAUCAAAUCUAAGCAGGAUCCUGUAUGUGUGAACGUAUCCUUAGGGUCUAUUCACACGUACAGUUUUCUGUGAAGAUUUGAUGUGCAGGAUUUUCUGCUGCAGAUUUUAAUGUAAACUGACUGAACACAGUUUGAAAUCCUGCGCAUCAAAUCUGCGCAGAAUACUGUACGUGUGAAUAGACCAUUAAGGUGUAAAAGCAAACUGUACCUUUCCUAAAGCUGAAGGUGGUUUAUUUCUCAGCCCAGUGCCAUGGAGGCAGUGUUGAGCUGCUCAAGUGCUGCAGCCUGGCACACCAGCUUGCCUGCUCUCACCUCUUGGCAUCUCCUGAUUGAGGUACAGAGCACUCUGUGUUGGUCAAGUAGGGACUGGGAGGUAAGGCCAAGCAUGGUGUCCCAGGCUGUGGCACUUUAGCAGCCCACUGUGUCUUUAUAGAUUUACCUUACCCCAUGCUUUACCCAGCAUGGGUUAAAGCUAUUAAGGAAGCAAGCUUAGUAUGGCAGUAGCAUGCUGUUCCCAGUGCUCUCUAAAUUUAGUAAAUAAAAAUAUAUAUUUAUACCGCACAGUGAAUGCUGUAGAAACAAAAUUUUGAGGGCAGUACGCCAUAUGAAACUCAAUAUGGUUCCAUUAAAAAUACAACUAGACCUACAAAAACAGCUUUCAUAGGUCUAUAAGGGGAAACAUUAUCUAUCGGUUUCCAGAGUUAACUAUACAAACAAAUAUAAUCACUUGAAUAUCAAUAUGUAACUGGAUUGCUGCUGAUUCACCAUUACCUUUAUGCUACAUGGAUAAUGUUUAGAAGCACCCUUCAGUUCUAGGAGUGCUACAGUAAACGCACUUAAAUUUGCAUUGCUAAGCUGUCAGUGGGUAGAUCACUGCUCCUAUUGUGAGCAUUACCCCAGAUUUUACUUGGUAUUGUUGUUGUACUUUAUCCAGGCUCAUCAGGAUGUGUUAAGCUUCAUAGCCAUUGUGACUGGGGUGCCGGAGGUUUAUACUUCAGGCUUUCAUCAACCUUAUUCUUCAGCUUGCCAGCGACAAGUGUUCUGUCUUAUAUGAAAUGGAUGCCAACAUUUUGUCAUCCUCUUUCUGCUCUUUAGGUACAUACAUGUUCUAAUGGUGGAGCAGCAGAGAUCUGCACCACUGUCAGAUGUCGAAAACUAUGUUAAAAAUGUUAACAGUAAUUAUCAAAAUGAGUUGUUAGGGAGGGGUGGGAAGAUCAGUGAUUGUUAAUGCAAAUUAUGUACCAUAGCAUACACUAUCAUGUGACCCUGAUCGCAUAAAAGAUCUUGAGGCCAAAGUGCAGUAGAGUCUCAGAACACAUGUAAAAGGCGUCAGAACUGUACAUGAGAAUCUGAAAUCUGCUGCAAUUGUUUGACUUAUCAAUCCAGCCCCAAAGAUUAAGUUGUGGAAAUGUUCUUCCGGUGCCUAUUUUGCAGGAUGAAGAUCUGCCUGCUUCAGACCUAUGCCAGGCUCAUGCUGUUAACAUGACAACGACUUUUGGUUAGGACUUCCCCUGAUAAAGAGGAAGUAUCAGGAAACUUGUAUGCAUUAUUAUAUCUAUACUUGGGAUUCUGCUUCAGAUGAUGCCCUUUACAUUUAUUUUAUAGCAAUAACUCUUAAUUGAAGAGUGAAUGAACUGCACCAGCCUUUAAAUCAUCAGUACAAAAGUAAUCUUUUUACACUGUAGCCCAAGCACGGAAUGAGCAGUUUGUGUUUGUCACUAUGUAUCAAACAUGGUGAAAUGUGAAUUUCAGAGCUCAGUUAAUAAAACUCUACUUGAAAGCAUGGCUUGUUUCUGUCCUUUUUAUUACAAUAGUGUGUAACUCCAACUAUAAGCUCCAUUUUCUUUUAGGUGCAGACUUUUGUUCUGAUUAAUUUCAUGAUAUAUUUUAUAAGGGAUCAGAACUCUCUGAAGGAGAUUUAUCAUUAUUUUCAAACAUAGCUUCUAUAUGAGAAUGUGUUUUUUUUUUUUUUUCUUUAAACUUUUGCUUAUAUGCGUCCUAUUUAUCAAAUAGUCACACAACCUUGAUAGAUAAAUCGCACAUAAGCAAAACCCGGGAAACCCGCUUACAAAAGCGUUUUUUAAAGCAGAAAAGUUUUGAGCAGCCUCCCAGUCUGACUGGGAGAGCAUGGUAAGUGUGCUGUAACAUCCUGUUCACACUGGUGUGGUGCUGUGCGGCGUCUGUUGCUGCCGUGUCUGCGGGGAGGUGCGACCCAUGGACUGGUUUGGGUGGCAUUGGGGCCGCUCUGCCAGUGCGUCAUUCCCUCUGUGGGCACUGGUGUCGCGGCGGUGGUGGUCGCUGCCCAGUGCUACGCCAUUUUAUGCUAGGGACGUUAGGGACCCACUCUAAAUAGGUGGCCUUGACGUGGCGAGUGGGCUUGUACUUUUUGAUCAAAACGUAUAUACUAAUAACCUGUUUUUGAAAUUUAUGCUGAGAAGCAAUUAGAUCAUUGUGCGAGAUUGUAGACGUGCACCAUGUCUGUUUUCUACCUGAAUUCACUUUCUAUUUAUCAAAUAGUCGCACGACCUUGAUAGAUAAAUCGCACGUAAGCAAAACCCGGGAAGCCCGCUUACAAAAGUGUUUUUUAAAGCAGAAAAGUUUUCCCUUAUGUUAAUAGCUGAAGUUCUUUAUCUACCCUUUAUUACCAGUAGCAUUGCUAGAGAGUGACAGAGAGGGGGGGCGUACCGCAUCGGGUGACACCCUGACUGGCCUGCCUGGCACUAAAUAGCUGCACUCCAACUAUCCCGCAACAACCCAUCCACCCUCCUCAGAAAUAAAAUAAAAAAUAUGAAAACAUACUAUGCCGCACCAUGAAUAUCCGUACUCUGGAGGCUUUUUUGUUUAAUUUUGAGCCCACAUUUUGUGACGUUGGUGGGCGGAGUCUUGCGUCGCUGCACUGAGGCCGGAGUUUACGUCAAGAAGGAAGACAGCGCAGCACUAACAGGCACAUAAACAAACAAUAGUGAAGGCAGAAAAAAUAAAGGCUCGGUACGUUACCAACCCCAAAAUGUGCAUGAAGCUGUAUUACUAUGGAUGUAUAUUUUUUUUUUUUUUUUUUUUUUUUUUAGUGCCGCAUAUGGGUUAUUUACAUAGUCUGUAAAAAUUCUUAAUUAUUUUGUGCCUUAUUCUAUUUUAAUACAAAAUUAAUAUUAAAAUUUAGUGGGUACGCCAGCAUGUACGUGUCCUAAAAUGAACAAGGUGUGCAGUGUAUUUCCAACCUCAAAAUUAAGUUAUUACUUAUAUAAUACAUUUUUUCUGUAACAUUAAUGUAGUAGCUUUGUUUCAUGAUGCAGAACAAGAACAGUUGUUAAAGUGGGUGUUAACUUUCUGCAAGCCAGGUUGGACCUGGAAUACAGAUGCAACUUUUCUUCAUAAAUAGCUACUAUCGCAUUUGAGAAAUACAUGAAGACUUCAAAGUAAAAAAAAAAAAAUUACUAUGUGAGCAGAUUUUUGAAAUGUGCUUCAGAAUAAGCAAAAAUCUAAAAAGUUACAUGUAUAGGAAGGUCGCACAUGUAACUUUUUUACGCAAAAAAAAAAUCUACGGAGCUUGAUAAAUCCUCUCUAGCCUUCUGUAAAGCCUGCCUUAUGAGUCUCUGUAUUGUAGCUAGUACCUGGAGAUGGUGCUGUCGGCAUCAGCAAGUCCAGGUGAGAACCGCAGUUAUCAGGGAUUUGCACGUGCUACUGGCUUACAUCUGGUUUACAUCUAGCCACUAGCAUUGAAGAUUCCCUGAUAACUGUAGCUCUCUAUACAAAAGGGGAAAAAAAACACAUACCGUAUUUAUCGGGGUAUACCACGCACCGGCCUAUAACACGCACCCUCAUUUUACCAAGGAUAUUUGGGUAAAAAAAAGUUUUUUACCCAAAUAUCCAUGAU